AUGACAUGUAGGCUAAAACUACGAAGAGAAAGAAAGGAGAUAGAGCUUCCAGAAAUAAGGACACGGUUGCCCCCUCCCCCCUUUCCCUCAACCCACAUUUUUCCAAAGAAAAAUCCCUAUCUACAGUAUAUAUUUGCUCAUUAUUUAAUUGUCAGCGCUUCAACGACCGCUUCACCCACAAAAUUUAACAAACCAUACGGAAUAUAG